AUGGGCACCAUCUCUUUCUGUGCUUCCCUUCUGCUUGCAACCCUAUUUCUACAUUUGUGUUUUCAACAAGAGGUUGAAGCCCAGAAAGGCCCCUUCAUAAACAACCGACUUAGAAAUGCCUUCAAUGUGAUCCAAGCUUUCAAACGUAGAAUACAAUCCGACCCCAAAAACUACACAGGAACAUGGGUGGGCAACAACGUCUGCAAAUAUAAGGGCUUCACCUGCGCAGUUGUCCCUGACCUGAAGAAGUUAACGGUCAUCGGAGUCAGCUUCAACGGAGCUUUGUUUGGCGGCUUUAACAACAGCCUGCCUCUCAAUGGCUUCAUUGACAAGUUGGAGGACUUGGUGUUCUUCCAUGCGAACUCCAACAACUUCACGGGCACCGUCCCUAGAGGCACUGCCAGGCACAGAUUCUUCUAUGAGCUUGAUCUCAGCAACAACAAGCUAUCUGGAGGCUUCCCAAAUGAAACUCUUGGGGCCACAAACUUGACCUUCUUGGACCUCCGGUUCAACUCGUUCAGAGCCACGGUUCCACCAAAAGUGUUUAACCUAGAUGUUGACCUCCUCUUCCUCAACAACAACAAUUUCCAGCAGCGACUUCCUGCCAAUCUUGGCUCCACACCUGCCCAUUAUCUCACCUUUGCCAACAACAGGUUCGUUGGCUCAAUCCCAAGAAGCAUUCGCCAAGCUGGGAAGACCCUUUAUGAGGUUCUCUUCCUAGGGAACCAACUUUCAGGGUGUCUGCCGUACGAAAUCGGGUACCUGAAAAAGGCAACCGUGUUUGAUGUGAGCUCCAACAUCCUAACAGGCCCCAUACCAAACUCAUUUGCUUGCUUGGGGAAGCUGGAGUAUCUGAGCUUGGCCAGUAACCAGUUCUAUGGGAGGGUGCCUGAUGCUGUGUGCAAGUUUCGCAAUCUAGAGAGAUUUUCUGCGGCAAACAACUAUUUCACUCGGAUAGGACCAGCUUGUCUGGCGUUGAUCAGGAAGAGGAUUCUUGAUGUCAGAGGGAACUGCAUUCCGGGGCUCCCAAAUCAGAAGACAGCUGCUCAAUGUGCUGCCUUCUUCUCUAUACCCAGAACUUGUCCCAGACCGAGAACGUUGAGUAUAAUUCCUUGUACAAGAUCACUUUCAGCUUUGAAUGAGACGAACGCAGAUAUUAAUGAAGACCAAUUGACCACCAAAGCAUAUAAUAUUCAAGCACCAGCCGAAGCCCCACGAACUUAUGCUACUCUUAUGCCGCAUGGGCAUUGA